CCAUGGCGGAUGCGACGAAGCCUCUCCACCCGGUCCUGCAGGCGGUUGACGACGGCAACCUCCGCCUCCUCAAAGGUACCAGCAACAACCAGCCCUUACUACUGCUCCUGCCCCUCCUGUCCCUAGUCCGUACCCUUAGGGUUCCUGAUCGCCCAGAGACGGCGGGCGUCGUGGCGGACGACGGCAUCUGGUCGCGCGCGCUGGUUCUGGCGGCCAUGAAUGGGCGGCUGGACGUCUGCCGGUGCCUCGUCGAGGACCUCCGCGUCGAUGUCAACCAGCGCACCUUCACAGGUGAUACAGCUCUGGCCAUUUCUGCAGCUUAUGGGACAGCUGCUAUCACAAAAUAUCUUCUAGAUCGUGGCGCUGAUCCAACUUUAGUUGGUGCCCUGUGGCCACCUCUUCAUGGUGCUGCAAUGAGUGGAGAAUGUGAAAUACUAGAACUGCUGCUUUCAGCUGGAAUUGAUGUGGAUUGUUUCGAUUCUGUGUACGGGACCCCAUUGCAUGCUGCCGCUGCUGUUGGUGAAGAUGGCGCGGUGAAUAUUUUGUUGGAGCAUCAUGCAGAUCCUAAUAAGAUUCUCAACCUUCAUAGCACCCCGCUAAAUCUGUCCAUACUUUUCAAAUCGCUGGAAUGUGUGAAGCUACUCAUUAAGGCUGGUGCUGAUGUGAAUAAAAUUGACCAUAAUGGUUAUACUUACCUGAUGGUAGCAGCGGACAUUUGCUUACCUGGUAUCAUGAAGUGCUUACUAGAUGCUGGUGCUAACCCCGAUAUUCCUGAUCCAUUUGGUACAACUGCAAUUGAAAUUGCUGCCCUCCGAGGCAGAAGGGAUAUGGUUGAGAUGUUAUUUCCUUUAGCUUCUACUAUUUCAACGUUGCCGGAUUGGAGUGUUGAUGGAAUUAUUUGUCAUGUGAAAUCAUGUGGUUUGCCGAAGGAUAUACAUCUAUGUGAAAAGAAAAGAGCUGAACUGAAAUUGCAAGCUACAGAGGCUUUUAAGAGAAAGGAACAUAUGAUAGCGGUAGAGCUAUAUACUUGUGCAAUGAAUUUUGAGCCAAGUGCAGAAGAUCUUGCAAUCCUCCUAGCAAAUAGGAGUUUAUGUCUGCUGCGCUCGGGAAGAGGAAAAGACGCGCUCUCCGAUGCUACUAGGUGCACAAUGUUGCGACCUCUCUGGCCCAAAGGUUACUAUCGACUAGGGGCAGCCUUAAUGUUUCUAGAGGACUAUGAAGAAGCGUCUCGGGCUUUUGCGGAUGGCUUGGAACUGGAUCCUGCAAAUGCUGACAUUGCAAAUGCUCUAAGGGAAGCCCAAGAGGCAGUGAAAAACCCUCCUUGCACCGGAGAGCUGGGGUGCCUUAGCCCACUUGGGAUCAGACGUUCCCGGUGAAGUUGAGGCUCUCUUCUGUUGCUAUCUCCAGGGAAAGAGGAAAAGCUGGAAAAUGCCACGCAGAUGGGCUGGAAUCGUGCGUGCACCCAACUGCUGCUGCACGUGCUUGCGUACCCCGUCCCCCCACCACUGCCGCGUACGACAACGGCUUCCUGCGCCUUCCAUGUUCCUGCCCCCCACCAUGACGAGUGUGCCAAAAAGCACAUCCAAAUAACCCUAUCCAGUGCGCUCCCAUGCUUGAGUAGGGCUGCAUUAAACUGUGGAGGAGUGGUUUCGUUCUCGAAGGUUCACGUGGUCAAGCUACCAAAAAAACUCAUUUACACACUUUUCCAACAAAAAA